CUUAUCAAUCGGUUUUCAGAUCUCCUAACAACCUGGCGGUAAUGAAUUCUUGUUUCUUCGUUCUUUACCUGUCGGUCGUUGUGCUAGCGGAGCCCAGACAACAGCACGUUGAUCCCCCGGUUCCCCCAGGUGGACAAAAAGUUGUUAAUGUUACAAAUCCACGGGUAAUCGAGGCUUCAUUGACUGGCAUUGAAGAAAUCAACCAGCUGAAUGGAUAUGGAGAAACUAUGCUUAGAGAGGUCAUCUACAAGGUUAUCAACGCAACAGAACAGGUGGUUAACGGUGAGCUGUUGCGUUUGGACAUGGAAGUCGGGCCGUCGGAAUGCUUCAAUACAAUCAUGAAUAUCGGGAAGAAUUCUGCUGAAUGUCCUCUGUUGUCAUCCGAAUUGGUACAUCCAUGUUUUACGGAAGUUUUAUUAAGAAACUGGACAGUACCUCAACAUCUGGCUUUGAAUGUGUCUUGUCAACCCAUUGAAAACGUGCCGGGAGUUUGGCCAAAGCAGAUUGUGUAGAAACAACCAAGAGCAGAAGAAAUUGGCCCGACCGUGAUGAUUUGUUUCUCAUGUAAAUAUUUGAUGUCAUAAUUUGAAGGAUGCAUCAAUAAAUACAGAUAUGAAAUCCA